UGGGGUGGUUUAUUUGACAGUAGACACUUCCAUCUACAUUCCUCCAGACCAUGGAGAGACGAACAAACCGUAGAGGAAAAACUGAGCAUUUUGUUACAGGUCAGCACUUGAAGCUAGAUGAUUUGAAAAGGGUAGCUCAAGCUCUAGGUGUGGAAAACCAGUACCUCUUCAAGGAAAACAUCCCCCAAUUCCCCAAGCCGGAGUUCCAUGUGUCUCACCUGAUUCAUGACACAGAUCGAAAGGGACUGCGUGGCAUCAAGAGGGACAGUGGCUUCAGGGACCCGGGUGGCUUCAGGGGCCCAGGUGAUGACUCUCCGAACCUGGUGUGGUUGAGUCUGGCUUUGGGACCCGAUGAUAUGACAUCAGCUGAGACGAGGCUCCUGGAGAGGACCUGCCCCGACCAGACACUGGAGCAGGCCCAGAAUCAGGAGAGUUUCCUGGUUCAGCUGAGACGAGGCUCCUGGAGAGGAAUCAGGAGAUUUUGCUCCGGUGCUCAGCCUGUCAUGCGAGUGUUUGAGACCAUCCUGUACAAACAGGAAGUGAUGUAUGCUGUACUGGUCCACAGCCCAGCCAAUCAAUCUUUCUUAGAGUAUCCUCUGCUGAGUGACAACCCAAACGCAGUCUGCGUUUACAGAGACGGUUGUUUCAUCUGGAGGCCUGAGGCCAUGUGUGAGACACACAGGUACGAGUUGAUCCAGAUGCACCAAGAAAACCUAAUGGGAGUUCGAGAACUUUCUGAAAGGAUUCAACAGUUUUAUGUUUGGGACCAUGUCGCUAUUGCCCUUCAUGUGGAGGAAGGAAAGGUGCUGAAGUUUGCUGAUGGCAGACUGAGAGAGAACCUCACAUUCUGUAGGGAGGGACCAGCUGCAUACAAAAAGGAUGCCUUUCCACAUGAUCCAGAUCUUGUUGAGCAGUUGUGGCCCGACUAUCCAGGACCACUGAUGGAGACACGCUCACUCGCAGAGUCAGCUCCACGUGAACCUGCCUUCAGGGACUGACAUCUGCAGCAGGAACCCAACUCUUCUGGAAAAACCUGCAGCAAACCUUUGGGGCAUCAUGAUAGCUCUCAAACAUCCUCUAUCUGCUUUAAUUAAUUAAUUUAAUCUUUUAAGGUGUUUGCUCCUGUUACUUUUAUUAUAUUUUAUUUAUUGUUGUAAUUGUGACAUUCUCGCUCUGAGGCCUGGACUCGGACUCAACAGAAGAUGAGUAGAAGGCAGGGUGUCCUUACCUCAGGGAGGUUUUUUAUCAGGCAGAGAAAUCAGGUGAGGGCUGAGGUCAGGAUCAGCUGGACACAACCUGGAAGAGGGCAGAUGUAGGAGCUGCAGAUGUCCAGGUGGUGGGAACUCGGGGGUACGUGCAGGGCAGGUAGGAGGGGCAGGGCCUGAAAAGACAGGAGAUGUUCAUGUCGGACAACAUCGAGAAGUAAAAUGGUGAAGAGACAAACCAGGAGCUGUCAGUUCACCUGACAAUAACCAGGUUCUGCUCUAAAAUUUCAUGAAUACUCUAUACUGGAUAUGUUGAUUAUAUAAAAGGUGUGUGAAAGAUUCUCUCACUGCUUAAAAUCAGAUAUUGUUAGUGGCUUUUGUUGUGUCGAGGAUAGCCAAGAGUUGGACAGCAAUGACAGCUGAAGACAGUACUAUAAGCUUACAGAAGGAAACAACGGUGAUCAUAAAUUAUACCAAGACGAAGGUCUAAGUAAGCCCAUGAACCAGCAGCAAUACUGCAAUUCAGGAAAGAGGAACUUUUCUGUGAAUAAGGGAAGUUAGCAGACACAUCCCCACAAAAGAGGAACCGCAGGCAGAGAUGUGUGUUAAGGGAAAAGAAAAAGAGAAGAGGCACUGAGUUUAUUGAAAAGGAAAUAUGGCUUCAUGCAUAAAGUAAAGAUUUGAUUGAUCGGUGAUAAUGUUUGGUAAAGUAAUUUGUAUUCAAAAUAAUAGUGAUCUAUGUUUUAAAUUCAAUGCAUUGACAGUUUUUGAGUGACUGUGUUAUUCUGAUGGUUUAGUUAGAUGUUAAGAUGGGAUUUGUGUAUUUUGAUCAGAUGUGAGACUCUUGCAUUUUUAUCAGCCACUAGAAUGAUUUGUUUUCGAGAAAGGAGAAGUAGAUGAAGCUGAAUCACGGUGGGUGGAGUCCAGAUACAGGCAGUGAACUGGAUUUUGGCAGGAAAAGAUAUGCAACCGUUCUGAAAACAAGACUUUGCAUGCCAACAGGGGCAACUAUAAUGAUUUUAAUCAGUAUAAUAGUUUAGGUUGAUGAUUAGAAAUAGUUGAUUUAUUUAGUUGUAAGCUAAUCAAACAGGGAUUGUUGAGGAUAUUGAUAUUUUGCCUUAUUGCUUACUGCC